CUUUCUCAUCUCAUGACAAGUGUCUAUAUUCAACCUGAAGUAAGUGUCUCUAGUGACGGAGACAAGAUACUGUGUAAAGAACACGGUUUAGAAAAGUGCAGCAAGUGUGAAGUCGAUUGGAUAGAGCAUAACAGUUUAGCCUCUACUUUGAAACACGUCAAAGACUUGCCACCUCCCAAUGCACCUAACCCAACACGUAACGCCCAAGUCACUCGACUCAAGGAAGAAGGCAACAAGUACUUUAAACAAAACAAUUUCCCUGAAGCUAUUCGCUUUUAUACGAUGGCUGUUGAUCUGUCUUGGUCACGUCCUCUUUGGGAACCUUUGGCUUUUCAAUACGUGCGAGAAGAAUUAGCACCUGUCUUGAGUAAUCGAUCUGCUGCUUAUUUAUCCCUAAAGAAUUAUGUGGAGGCUUAUGUUGAUGCUGAAAUGGUGACACGUUUAAAACGCGAAUGGAGCAAGGGUUGGUUUAGAAAAGGAAAAGCCUUGGUUGGCCUUGCAAGAAUUGAAGAAGCAGCUGAAGCCUUUCAGACUGGUUUAAGAUUUGAUCAUGAGAGUGAAGAACUCAAGAAAGCUUUAUCUGAAAUUGGUCGUUAA